CCAGUCGCCGCCAUGUUCUCCGCCUUCCGGCUCACUGCCCAGCUCACAAGGCCAUGGGCCACAUCAUCUGUUCUCCAGCGUGCUGCUGCGCCUAGCCUCGCUCGCCCUGCUUUGGCUCUGUCACGAGCGUUCCACCCGUCUCUCCCCGCAUCUGCCACCUUGAACCAAGCGACCCGCCGCAAGGCUCCCAAGAAGAUCAAGGCGUCCAAGUCGCCACUGCUCGAGGGGAACACGCAGAAGAAGGGCGUCGUCAGCCAAAUCUUCAUCGCAAAGCCGAAGAAGCCCAACUCCGCCAAGCGCAAGGUCGCAAAGGUCAAGCUCACGACAGGCAAGACUGUCCAGGCGUACAUCCCCGGAGAGGGACACAACUUGCAGGACCAUAGUGUUGUGCUCAUCCGUGGAGGGCGUACACAGGAUCUUCCCGGUGUCCGUUACAAGGUCGUGCGAGGGACACUCGACUUCAGCGGUGUAGUAGGGAGGGUCAUCUCACGUAGUAAAUACGGAGCAAAACGGCCCAAACAGGCGUAAUCCCCGUAGAGGCUUCGCCCCUCGUCGACAUCACGUCAGAGCACCUACGUCUCUCAUUGCUGUCGCUAUACACGUACAUUAUACAGAUACUAGUGACCCACUAAAC